AUGGGUAAAAAACUGAAAAGUACUACUAAGAUUUGUCUACUAAAUUCACUUCCUAAUGACAUAGUCCUCAAGAUAGCUUCAUCCCUCCAGGUAGCAGACGUUUGUAAACUGAGCAGUUCCUCAAGGUUUUGGCGAGAGAUAUGUGAGUCUGAUUGUAUAUGGAAGGCUCUAUACAGGAAGAGAUGGCCUGAAAUUGUUUCUGAUCAUGAGGAUUCUUCUGCUCAUGACAGCCAAUCCCAUCAGGGAUGGCGGAAAAUCUAUAGAUGUAAGCAUGAAGAGAUGGCUAUAAAAGCAGCCUCAAUAAUUAAGUAUGUGGAAGAAAAUUCCAGGUUUGACACCAUCGAGAUCAACUGUCUUGAAGAGGCAAUUGGUUACCUGGAUUCGGAGAAGUUUGGAAUUAUAGAUGUCAAAUUGUUGUUUCUCAGACCAGAAGUCAGUGUGCUUGUGAACUUGAUGGGUUUAUUUUACUGCUGGCUCGUUGAUGGUGUGCCUCUAACUGAGGAAAGUCUCUUAGAAGCAUUAGAGAUGGCCGGAAUUUCAGAGAGGCAAGUUUGGGUGAAGUGGUGGAUGAAUAAUCAGGACGAAGGCAUUCCACGCGACAAGUUAGUUUCUCUAAAAGGCCUAGCCGCAAGGUAUAGAGGAGGAAAAGUUGUUGAUGUCUUUCGCCGCGGGCUGAUAGGUGAGUUUCCCGUUAAGAUUUCUGCUGUUAACCUUAGUCCACGCCAUGGUUUUGCCAAGCUGCAGACAUGGGGAAACUUUUGA